GUACUGUGUAUAACAUGGGUUUGUGCAGUACUCACUUCUGCAUGUGGCUACAAACUGAUUUCUGCCUACUGUGCAAAAACAUUGUCAUACUAGAAAUAGAUCUCUGAUCGGUGUCUUAGAAGCUUGGCUUCUGUUUUGAUUCUAUAGCUGCUAAUUUUAGAUAACACUUGCAACCCCAUACCUUUGCUUGCCCUGUUAUGCUUGCCAUGUGAAUUUAGCUGAUUUUUUUACGGUCAAUUGCAGGCACAGCCUUCUCCAACUACUGGCACAUUGCCAUUUUUUAUGGCAACGAGUGAUAAGUCAACAAUACCACCAGCUGCUAAGAUAACUGAAGAUUCUACAUUUGAUAAUGAUGUUUUUUCUUUCCAACCACACUUGGGUUCUAAACAACCAAGCUUCUCUACUGCAGAAAUGGAUUACGGUGUUUACCAUCAAAACCAGUCGGUGUCGAAUAUUCAUCAGCAGGAAUCCAGUCUUCAGUCAAGCUUUCCUGCAGUUAAGGAUAACAUUAAUGCAACAAUUGUUAAAGCGAAGGCAUCUGACUCCAUGUUUGGCAAUAGUCACAAUUCAGCUGACCAAAAGCAAGAUGAUGAGACAAACCAAAAUGCACAAGGCGAAGGUGUUGAGGCUAGAACAGCUGCUUGCCUCCCUGUAUCAACUCAUGGUGAUGCGUCUCUAAUGGGCUCUCAAGAUGCAGUUGAUGUCUCAUCAACGCUGUCUAACGAGGAGGAUGAGAGGGCAACUCAUGGCACCGUUUCUAUAGAAUGUGAGGGUGAUGAGGAUGAGACUGAAUCCAAAAGAAGGAAGCUGGAUGCUUCAGGAACUUCUACUAUUGCUACUGCUGUUGCCACCAGUGCCAUUGACAUGGGUGCUGCAGCCUCUAGAGCUGUCCGGGAGCCUAGGGUGGUUGUUCAGACCACAAGCGAGGUCGACAUUCUUGACGAUGGUUAUCGGUGGCGUAAGUAUGGUCAGAAGGUCGUUAAAGGAAAUCCAAAUCCGAGGAGCUACUACAAAUGUACGCACCCUGGCUGUUCAGUGCGCAAGCAUGUGGAAAGAGCAUCUCAUGAUCUGAAAUCAGUCAUCACAACAUAUGAGGGAAAGCACAACCAUGAAGUCCCGGCAGCCAGAAACAGUGGGCAAGCUGGUUCUAGUUCUGCCAAUGCUCCAUCUGCCUCACAAGGUAGUAGCUCUCACCGUAGGCACGAACCAGCACAAGCCAGCUUUGCUCAUUUUGGUGCUAGCCCUCCUUUCGGCUCCUUUGGUCAUUUGGGACCAGCAACAGGCAAUUUCCGCUUCGGGAUGGUUCCACCUGGCAUGGCGAUUCCGAUGCCCUCUCUAGGAUCUCUUGCUCCAACAAAGAUGGUUGGAAAUUCAUCAGCUAUGCGGGGGGUACCCAGGCCUCAUGAUGCCAGCAGAACCGAAGGCAGAGCCAGUGUCGCAACCGGGCUUCCCGACAGCAAAUGCAGCCCCAUCAGCUUACCAACAGAUGAUGAGCAGGCCUCCUUUUGGUCAUCAGAUGUAAAUAAUAGGAAAGAGGAAAAGGGAUAGAUUUGCUUCAGCUUGUAUACAUGAUAGUGACGACGCUGCAACAUUGCUUUGUUCUAGUUUUUUUCUUCAUCCCUUUGCACAUUUCUUUGAAGCAAAGAAUGCUGAGGAUGGUACCUUAUCGCCA